UAAUUCCCAAAGAAAGUACCUUGAAACUUCAGUUUUAAUAUCUGGACCAAAUAUUUGAUAUCACGACUUGGUGAAAUGAAGAAAUCUUCUAUGACAGCGUUUGUAUUUUUUUUCUGUGGGGGGUGAAUUAUUUGAAGUCAACGAAAUAUAGUUUCUUUCAUUUUCCACUUCACAGUGAUCAUCAUCUUCUUCUUCUUCAUUGAUCUUUAGCUCUAAUGUCGUCUUCUUCUACAGAGAAUCGUAUCCUUUGGACAGAGAUCCAAGAAUCAAUAAGGAACAUAUUGAAAGCUAACUGUGGCCAUUUUCAUGCUCUUUCAAUCCUCUUCCUCUUGCCUAUCUUUUUCUCUCUCGUCGUUUAUCCUUCUUUCCACCUCGCUCUCUUUCAUCCUGAUUAUCAUUUCACCACUUUCACUCAAUUUCCUCAGUCCCAUCUUUUCCUUUCAAAAUUCGAAAUUAUUGUACCCAUAGUAUAUACUCUGUUUCUGGUCCUCCUUUUCCUCUGUGCUGUAGCCACAAUUACAUACAGCGCGCUUCAUGUAUCCUAUGGUAGACCUAUCAACCUCGUUUCCUCGAUUAAAUCUAUCAGAAAUUCCUUCUUCCCCCUUCUCUCCACCUUUAUCGUUUCGCAUACCAUUUUCAUUUCAAUCGCUCUCGUUUUCUCCCUAAUCUUUGUUUUUUUAGUCCAGGUUCUUCAAACUCUUGGAUUAAUUGAAUUUAAAUACGACUCGAAUCACUUUUUGUUUAUGGUUAUUCCUGUGUUGAUUAUGCUCGUGCCAGUUUUGAUAUGGUUGCAGGUUAAUUGGUCAUUAGCUUACGUGAUAGCAAUAGUUGAAUCCAAAUGGGGUUUCGAAACACUAAGGAGAAAUUCCUAUUUGGUAAAGGGGAAGAGAUCGGUAGCUUUGUCGAUGAUGCUCUUAUACGGGCUUUUGAUGGGAAUAAUGGUGGUUUUAGGUGCCAUGUAUUUAGUCAUUAUGGAUGCAGGGAAGGGUCAUCAAUGGAGAAGUUCAGGGGUAAUAUUACAGACUGCUCUGAAUUCAGUAACUGGCUAUCUGAUGAUGAGUCAAUUUCUUGUGGGGAAUGUUGUUUUGUAUCUGCGUUGCAACGACUUGAAUGGUGAAAAAUUGCCCUUGGAAAUCGAGCAUCUUCUUCUUCAUCAAUCUUUAGCUAAUGAUCAUCCACCUCCAAUGUCGUCUACUUCUACGAAAAAUCUUAGCCUAUGGACAGAGGUCGUAGAAUCAGCAAUGAGCAUAUUCAAAGCUAAUUCUGCCCAUUUCCAUGCCCUUUCAAUCCUCUUCCUCUUGCCUAUCUCUUUCUUUCUUGUCGUGUAUCCUUCUUUUCACCUUGCUAACUUUCAUCCGGACUAUGAUUUCAUCAGUUUCGUUCAACCCCAUCUUUUCCUUUCAAAUUUCGAAAUUAUUGUACCAACAUCGUACUCUCUGUUUUUGGUCCUCCUUUUCCUAUGCGCCGUAGCCACAACUACAUAUAGCACAGUUAAUGCAUCCUAUGGUAGACCUAUAAACCUCGUCUCUUCGAUUAAAUCUAUCAGAAAGUCCUUCUUUCCCCUUCUCUCCACCUUAGUCGUUUCGCAUACCAUUUUCAUUUCAAUCACUCUUGUUUUCACCCUAGUUUUGACUAUUUUAGUUCAAAUUCUUCAAGCUCUAGGACUAAUUGAAAUUAAAUACGAUUCGGAUCACUUAAUGUUUUUGGCUAUUCCUGCUUUGGUAGUGCUCGUGCCAGUUCUGCUAUGGCUACAUGUUAACUGGUCAUUAGCUUAUGUGAUAGCAGUAAUUGAAUCGAAAUGGGGUUAUGAAACAUUGAGGAGAAGUUCCUAUUUGGUGAAGGGGCAAAGAUGGGUAGCUUUUGGGAUAUAUUUAUAUUACGGGCUUUCAAUGGGAAUAAUGAUGGUUUGUGGUUCAUUGUUUUUUGUCAUUAUGGGUGUAGCAAAGGGUAAUAAGUGGAGGAGGUUGGACGUGAUACUGCAGACUGCUCUGGUUUCAGUGAUGGGAUAUCUGAUGAUGAAUCAAUAUCUUGUGGCGAACUUGGUUUUGUAUAUGAAAUGCAAGGACUUGAAAGGUGAAAAAUUGCAGUCGGAAACUGAAGGCGAGUUUGCUGGCGAGUACCUUUCCCUGCCCUUGGAUGAGAAGAAUCAAGCUAUUGAAUAAUUUGUAAACAGUUGAUUAAUGCUUGUAUGAAUAUAAUAUUUGGUUGUCUUUGUAGAAAGUUAAACGUGUCUGCUACAUGGUUCUGCUCGUCUUUCCUGUUGUUGAAUAUUGAAUAAAAACGUUCAGUAGUUGUAUUGUUAUAUACUACAGUAACAAAUAAUUAUGGAGUAUAUGUUAUAUAUGUAU